UCCUCCGCUUCGGCUUCCGUGUCGCAGCCCCGGGAGCUGGAGCGCGAGCUCGGUCCCGGGUCGGAGCCGGGGUGCCGCUGGGAGUCGGGUGGAAGCCCCGGCCAAGCGACGGGCGCUCGGUUCCUGCGAGAUGGACCGGACGGAAGGCAACGCCGUGCAGCCCGGCCCCGCUGAGCGGUCCCACCGGAGCAGCGUGUCCUCCGUGGGCACCCGAGUCGCAGACGUGCUGGUGUACCUGGCGGAUGACACGGUGGUGCCACUGGCCGUGGAGAACUUGUCCUCGCUCACUGCCCACGAGCUGCACCGCGCUGUGCGGGAGGCCCUGCAGCUCUCGGACGUCGCCCUGGAGGCCUUCGCGCUCUGGCUGGUCUCCCCGCUGCUGGAGGUGCAGCUGAAGCCCCGGCACCAGCCCUACAAGCUGGGCCGCCAGUGGCCGGAGCUGCUGCUCCGCUUCACCGACGCCCCGGACGACGAGGUGGCCAUGGAUGAGCCGUCCCUGCAGUUUCGGAGGAACGUGUUCUUCCCCAAGCGCCGGGAGCUGCAGGUGCAGGACGAGGAGGCGCUGCGGCUGCUCUUCGAGGAGGCCAAGGGCAACGUGCUGUCGGCGCGGUACCCCUGUGACCCCGAGGACUGCGAGGCGCUGGGCGCGCUGCUCUGCCGCCUGCAGCUCGGCCCCUACCGGCCCGGCCAGCCCGCGCCCGGCGCCCUGAGGGAGAAGCUGGACUCCUUCCUCCCGGCCCACCUGUGCAAGCGCGGCCACGGGCUGUUCGCUGCCCUCCGGGGCCGAGGGGCCAAGGCCGCGCCGGGCGAGCAGGGGCUGCUGGACGCCUACCGCCGCGUGCAGGACGCGCCGGGCAGCGCGCCCGAGGCCUGCCUCAGCGCCCACCACCGCGCCUACCUGCUCAAGUGCCACGAGCUGCCCUUCUACGGGUGUGCCUUCUUCCACGGCGAGGUCGACAAGCCGGCGCAGAGCUUCCUGCAGCGCGGCGGCCGGAAGCCGGUGUCCGUGGCCAUCAGCCUGGACGGUGUGCAUGUCAUCGACAGCCGGGAGAAGCACGUGCUCCUGGGCCUGCGCUUCCAGGAGCUGUCCUGGGACCACACGUCCCCCGAUGACGAGGAGGCCGUCCUCUGGCUGGAGUUCGACGGCGACAGCGAGGGCACCCCCGUCAACAGGCUCCUCAAGGUCUACUCCAAGCAGGCGGAGCUGAUGAGCAGCCUCAUCGAGUACUGCAUCGACCUGAACCAGGCCAGUGAGCCCGCAGCCCCCCCGGAUGGCGAGGCCGACCCCGCCGCAGCCCCGGGCUCCCUGCCCGCCGCCCCCCAGCGCCCCCGACUGCGCAGGCAGGGCAGUGUGGUGUGCAGCCGGCUCCAGCACCUGGCCACCAUCGACUACGUGGAGGAGGGGGAGCACUUGAAGCGAGUGAAGCCGAAACGCACGACGUCCUUCUUCAGCAGGCAGUUCUCGCUGGGCCAGGGCAGUUACAGCGUGGUGCAGCCGGCUGACGGCGCGGAGCAGGGCUGAGCAGCCCACCCGGCGCGGGGAGUGACUCUGGGCCGGCCCCUGCGGGGAGGGGGCGCCCUCCCCCGGGCUCGUGUCCCCACUCUGAGGGCAGGUGCCCGAGGACAAGCCUGUGUCGCCCGUCCCACCUCACUGCUGACUGCCUCCCGUGGCCAGGCGGGCCGGUGCCCUGGGGGACGAGGCUCCUGGAUCUGUCACAGGAACAGGAUGGUGCAACUGGAGCUGGCAGGCCAGCCCCCGGGGGUCUGCAGGCAGGUGACACCAGAAGUGCCCCUUCGCAGCCCCCAGUGCACACCCUGGGCCACGCGCCCACCUUCCUGUUAGGCCUUUUUUCCAUCCCUUUGUUCCUGUAAGCCCGAGUCCUGUGCCUUCUCUUGGGCUCUGCUGCCCCAGGCCUGGCCUUGGGGCUGCCCAGCUCCCUUGCUGGCCACUGGACGCCAGGGGAGGGCCUGCACAGCCCUGGGACUCCUCCCUGAGAGUUCUGGAACUUUCCACAGGAAGGAGGCCAGCACUGGGUGCCAGACUGGGAGGUGCCCGACCACACGCCUGCUUGGCUUAGGCGCUGCCUUUGGUCCUUGUGAGCGGGUGUCCCCUUCCUCCAGGCGCCCUGCUCCAGGAUGCUGGCACGUGUGUGUAUGUGCUCACAUGCGUGGGCAUGUAUGUGCUCCUGUGCAUUGUUACAUGUAUGUUCUCAUGCACUUGGUUAUGUGUGCGUGGUUGUGUAUGUGCUUGUGAGUGCAUGGUAGUGUGCAUGUGUGUGUGUGUGCGUGCGUGUGUGUGUGCGCGUGCGUGCAUGCGUGUGCUCACUGCGUUGGUGGUUUUGCUCUUCCUCUGUCUUCAGCCUCCUGGUGCCUUCACCGACUGUGCCCUCCAGACAAGCAGUGUUUCACAGCCUCUGUUCACGCUCACUCUUGUAUCAUGUGACUUCCUAAUAAAAUCCUUUCCCAGCA